AUGCACACUUGUGAAGGAAGUAAAACGCAGGCAUCCAACGAGGCCGGCGGCUUAACCACGCCCGCUACCUCUCAGAACGCCUCAGCCGCGGUGGGGGAACUCUCCAGUGUUCUGACACCUGCCGACAGCUUCGGGAACUACAACUCCCAGGGGGCUGUGCGACUCAGCCUCAGUGCGCCCCGGCCCAAGACAACCACCGGUCUGUGCAGGGAGCCACGGCCUAGAGGCGGGGUCGGGCCAGACAUCAGUGGGGGUCGCAGGGUCCUCCCUCCGUUUCGUUCCUCACCUCCCAGCAGUCCUCGCGCUUGCCGGCUCUGGGCUUCAGUCUGUCUCCACGCCGCCCCUCCCCCUCAGGCCCCGCCCCCCCAGCCCCAGUCCGCCCAAGGAAAACGGCCCGGGAGGGCGCCGGGGGACGGACCCGGCCCGCUCCGUCCGCGGCCAGUCACCGCCGGCGGCCUCUCCCGGUGCCACCGGUCACAGCUUCCUCUCAGGGCGGCGGCAGUGAUGAAGCCCCCGGAGGGGGACGCCUCGGGGCGAGGACGGGGACGCGGGAGGGCCCCGCUGACCCCCGGAGCUCCGUCCUCAGGCCCGAACGAAGGCGCAGGUGGUGAGCUGCCGGUGCUGGAGCCAAAGCGGUACCUGGCCAUCCUCCCCGACCCCGCUGAGGAAGCCCUGGGGACCGGACCGAGGCCGUGGGUACAAGUCCGUGGAGAAGAUGCUGCUCUGACUCAGUUUGUAUGGAAGCAGUGCACACUACGGGCUAAAAGGCUACGGGGUUCGGAGUCCCAAAGACCUGGGUCCAGAUUCCACCUCUGACUCUCGCUGGCGCUGUGGCCCUGGAGGAGUUAUUAACCAGCACGUGCCUCCAGCAGCACUUUAGUCCUGGAUGGGUGGAGGGGGACAAAAAUCACACAUCCUCAGAGGUCUAUUGCUUUUCCAUUUAUUUAUUUACUUUUCUUGCUUUAUGCCUUGCAGAGAUCACUGUAAAAGAUAGCGUCCAACUUCAUUUGCUGAGAAUAUAAUGUGAGAGAACAUUUGAAAGAACACUGGCUCGAGGCAAGGAAAGUUGAGUUCUAGUUCUGGCUGGGCCUGUUCACCAGCUGUGUGCCCUUGGGCAAGUCACUUACCUCCGGUGAAUCUAAUUUCCUUCUCUAAAAUGAGAUGGGUUGGACUCGAUAAUCUGUAAAGGACCCCCCCCCUCCCCCAACCCCUAUGAGAUCCUGAAACCUUUGAGGUGUACAGACAGUGGCUAUACAAAUUCAGAGAAGGGUGGUUGGGCCUAAGUGAAGGAAGUGGGACUGGAGCUAGACCUGGAAGAAUGGAUCUGGAUUAUCAAAGACUAGGUGAGAGAGCAUUCCAGGUUGUGGGAAGAGCAUGAGCAAAGGCUAGGAGUCCCAUCCAGCUAGAGACAUAAGCUGUAGAAAGAUAAGGUUAUGUUAUAGCAACGUUGGGCAGCUAGGUGGUGCAGUGGGUACAGGGCCCAGCCUGGAGUCAGGAAGACUCAUCCAUCCUGAUGUUCAUCCCAGAUCCUUACUCCAAUA